AUGGCGUCAAGGAAGGCUGUGGCUACAUUGGCGAAACCUGAAUUAUAUCCUCUCUACUUGUAUAAACGCAUAUUGAGGCUCCAUUAUGGUCUACCUCCACCAGCUCGACUGAUGGGUGACACAUAUGUGAAGGACGAGUUCCGUCGACACAAGGAUGCCAAUGCGGAACACACGGCUAUAUUCCUUAACGAAUGGACGGACUUGGAUCCAGAGAAGCUGGAUAGUUUUGCCGAGGAACAACUUCGGCAACUGCUGGAUCUUAAGCUUGAAUCUGAGCGAAUGAAAGCUGAUUUGGUAAAGCAGAGUGAAGAUUCAAAUAGUUCGGAAUCUAUAGAAGAGAAACGGCCGCAUGCAGAGUAA